UGUAAUAUAAAACCCUGGGUUAUUCUAAUUAUCCGAAAAAAGCAAGAAAAAUGGCGUUAGCUGAGACCCCUGGUGAAUUACUCCAUCAGGCUGGACGUUUCAUUGACAACAAGUCUAUAAACGAAGGAAUUGAUCUACUGAAUGUACUAGUGUCCAUGCCAGUUGUUGAGGGAGAGCUAAGAGAAGAAUAUGUGAAAAUAAAGGAACUGGCAAUUCUAAAGUUAGGAGCUACACUUGCCAAACAUGGUUUCGUCGAAGAUCUUGGUGAACUCAUUCAGCAAACAAGAGCCAUGAUCAACCUUUUCUCCAAGGCCAAAGCGGCCAAGCUCAUCCGAGAGCUGGUGGACCUCUAUCUGGAUGCGGACAAAGCCACAGGACAUGAGGUGGAGUUAUGUGAAGCUUGCAUCAAGUGGGCGCAGGAUGAGAACAGAGUGUUCCUGAGGCAAGCCCUCCAGUCACGACUUGUGGCCGUGUACGUCGACUCUGUGCAAUACACAGCAGCACUCACUAUUGCUGCACCACUUCUCAAGGAGCUCAAGAAGAUUGACGAUAAGGCUCUACUCGUUGAGGUGCAACUGUUGGAGAGCAGGGCAUACCAGAAGCUGGGUAACAUCACUCGAUCCAGAGCUUCCCUCACUUCUGCUAAGACCACCGCUAAUGGUAUUUACUGUCCCCCAAAGCUACAGGCCUCUCUGGACCUACAGUCAGGAGUGCUUCACGGAGAGGAAAAGGACUUUAAGACAGGGUAUUCGUACUUCUACGAGGCAUUCGAGAGCUUGGAGUCCAUUGACAGUCCUCAAGCAGUCCUGGCGCUCAAGUACAUGCUACUCUGCAAGAUCAUGCUCAACACCCCUGAGGACGUCCACUCCAUUAUAACGGGAAAGCUGGCCCUCAAGUAUGCCGGGCCACAGAUUGAAGCCAUGCAGAGCAUAGCCAGAGCCAGCGAGCACAGGUCUGUCGCAGAGUUCAAGAAGACAAUCAAAGAACUCAGAGAAUUCAUCACGGGGGAUCCGAUUGUCAAAGCGCAUCUGGAUUCCCUCUAUGACACACUGCUGGAGCAGAACUUACUGCGAAUCAUUGAGCCUUACUCGUGUGUGGAAAUUGAUCAUGUGGCUAAAAUCAUUGAGCUGCCCUUAGACCAGGUCGAGAAGAAGCUGUCACAGAUGAUUCUGGACAAGAGUCUUAAUGGUAUUCUUGACCAAGGCAGGGGGGUGCUGAUUGUGUUCGAGGAUACGGCUGUUGACCAGACAUACACGACCUCCCUGGAUACUAUCUCAAGCAUGGGCAAAGUGGUAGACGGACUGUACAGUAGGGCGUUGCAGCUGCAAUAGCCUCUGGCUAGGGACAAUCAUUAUAGUGUCACUGUUCAAAUAGAUGGUAUUUAUCUCUCAAUGUUUUUGUGCUUGAUGAUCUCGUAACAAGUUGUGCACCCACGCUCGUGUUCACUAAUGGAUAAUAAGUUGUAAUAAUUAAGUUGAUAAACUGUUUUAAUUAAUGAA